UGGAGUGGGUGGGGGCUGCUGCUGAAGAGUGGGUGGUGCUGGUGGUGGAGGCGGGGGCUGCUCGCGCGCGCGUGACCGGGUCACGUGAUCCACCAUGGCGUUCCUGCUGCUCAACGCGUUCAGCUCUCCCGUCGGGCAACGCAUUGAGAAGGCCACAGAUGGCUCCUUGCCGUCCGAAGACUGGAACCUCAACAUCGAGAUCUGCGACAUCAUCAACGAGACGGAUGAAGGGCCUAAAGAUGCCUUGAAGGCCUUGAAGAAGCGCAUCGGUGGAAACAAGAAUUUUAAGGAGGUCAUGUUGGCGCUGACGGUGCUGGAGACGUGUGUGAAAAACUGCGGCCACCGCUUUCACGUGCUCAUCGCCAGCCAGGACUUUGUGGACGGGGUCCUGGUGCGGAUCAUCCAGCCCAAGAACAACCCCCCCACCAUCGUGCAGGAGAAGGUGCUCAGCCUGGUGCAGACAUGGGCGGAUGCGUUCCGGAGUGCUCCGGACCUGACCGGAGUGGUCCACGUGUACGAGGACCUCAAGAGGAAGGGCGUGGAGUUUCCCAUGACCGACCUUGACGCGCUCUCCCCUAUCCAUACUCCACAGCGGAGCACGCCGGAGGCGGACCCUGCAGUGAGGAACUCUUCCCAGGGGGGGCGGCCUGCCCCGGGCGCCGCGGCAAUGUCGGCUUCUGCGCCCCCGCACCCACUGCCCCCCGCUCACGCCCACGCGGCGUCCGUGGCCGCUGGACCCAUCUCUCCCACUCCGGAACAGGUUGCAAAGCUGCGGAGCGAGCUGGACAUUGUCGAGUGUAACGUCAAGGUGAUGUCCCAGAUGCUGACGGAGCUGGUGCCAGGGCAGGUGGAGGCUUCGGACCUGCAGCUGCUGCAGGCCCUGCAUCAGACGUGCCGCACCAUGCAGCAAAGGGUCAUCGAGCUGGUCCCGCGCGUCUCCAGCGACGAGGUGACGGCCGAACUCCUGCGGGUCAACGACGAUCUCCUCAACAUCUUCCUCCGAUACGACCGGUUCGAGAGAUACCGGGCGAGCCGGGCGGCGCAGCAGGACCCCAUGGAGGGCGCCGGGCUCGCCGCCGAGCCCGGCGCGCUCGCCCCCGCCGCCACCUCCAGGCAACCGGCGGCUCCGAGCUCCCAGGCCGCGAACACCUUUCCAGACGGGGGCCUAAAAAACCCGGGACCCGGCUCGUUGGCCACCAACCCGCCGGAUGUGGCGAGCAACUCCUUAGCCAGCCAGCUGGCCAGCAUCGGUGUAGCCGGAGACAGCGUAACGGGAACCCUGAGUGCGCUGGGCGUGUCGAGCGCUGUCCCCGCCAAGGCCGACACGUUCGACAUGUUCGCCCAGAGCCGCGGCAGCUCCCUGGCUGACCAGAGGAAACACAUCGUGUACGAGGAUCCGCAGGCGGUCACGGGUCUGGCAGGAGCUCUGGACGCCCGCCAACACAACACAGGCGCAAUCCCGGUCGCGCAUGUGUCCUCAAAAGACGAGGUCGAUGCAUGGCUUUUGGCCGAUUCGGGGAAAGGAGAUGAGACGGCAGAAGUGGCCACUUCUGGGACGACUGAAGCGUUCGACUCGUUUCUGGCUUCAAGAGCUAACGUUGCAGAGAAGCUGCCUGACCUCCCGAUGCCCCCGCCGAGCGAAGGGCCAGCUCGCUCGUCCGUCCAAGGCAAAAAGAAGAUGGACAAGAUGGAAGAUUCGCUCUUUGCCCUUUAAAAUCUUUGCCCUUUAAAAUCACGUGGGGGGGCGGGGGGUCAACCGGGUGGUUUUGUGGAGUGAGAGGAGAGCUAAAUGCCAACGGCCGUGUUCAGGAGCACUGAACCAACACCACUGGGUUGAUGAAGUACAAAGCUUUCCAGCCGAGAUUAAAAAACACGUUCUCACGUUGUGUCAUAUUUGCCUGGUCACCUGUGAGAUUACAUACAAGAAGAUACCGUCGCAUACGUUUUUGGAUUUGCUCGCAAUUCGGUCGAGCUCAACUCUUGAGGGGGCUUCGGUCAAAAUCGAGGACGCGCACAGUGAACUACUCGUUCAUCUGAAAAGAGCCACAGUCUCGACAUCCUGGUGACGUAGGUCCGUCGGAACGAUUUCGCUUGGUGGCCUGUGGCGCCUCGUCUUAACACAAAGAGGCCGGCCCUGGCCCGGCUGUCUGUAACGCAAUCCAGAAAUGAGAAUCACGUUUUGUAUCUAGGUGGUGGUCGUAUGCGUUGCUCAUUAACAACUGAAAAACAAGCGAAACGUUUGAGGUCAAUCAUAAAGAGAUGUGGCCGAGUAAAUAAAAGCCAUCCGAGAUGAGCUGAGUGAUUGCUAAUACCAUCGCUUAUUGAGAGGCUUGGUGGUGGGUGGGUGGGUGGGGGGGGUAUGGAUGGUGAUGAAAGGGAAGAGGAUGAAGUGGGUGGUCGGGAGCAUAAUUGUGGGAGGAAAGGCAGUUGCAGUAAAGAAAUUAUUUUACGAAUGUGAACCGAAGAAAUUGUGUUUUAUCGACUGCCAAAUUCGCAUCAUACGCAAGAUUGUGAUGUAAUAAUUUGUCCGCCGAUGAGCUGUGUCUGCUUGCCGUGGGUAACCCUUUCACCUGCAGACCCCCCGGAGCCUGCGGGCAUCCCUGAGUGUUUUCAUGACAAAGAAAUGGUGUUCUCCCCCGUGUGCUUUUCACUGCAAGAUUGUUUUUUUUUGACGCGGCUUUGCGACGUCGUGGGUUUAGGCUCUUGAGCACCCCGCAGCCUAAAGCGUAAAUGAUACUCCUUGAAGCACCGUCUCCAGCGAGAGAUGUGCGCUGCAAGCACCGUGGCCGUUGUGUAGGUGAAUGGGUUAUUUCUGUACAGUGACUCGCAAAGCAAGUAUGCAUAAAAUAAGCUGUGUUCAUUACUACGAUUAUUUGAAUGAUUGAUUCUAAACCACAACAUCAAUUACGUUAAUCUGUUUGCUGGAAAACAACGUCUGGUCAUGUUUAUUUUAUUUUGUAAUGAUACUACGUGCACACCAGAGCGGUGGUUACAAUUGACGCUGCUUAUAAAAGGGCCAUUUUGCAAGUGGUGGGCAUUGCGGAAAUUCACAUCGGCACAUUUUUGGAAGUGAAUCUUCAAAGAUGCCCGAGUCACUUUGGGUGUUUGAAAGGCACCAUGAUCAGGACGCUGAGGUCAUGAGUUUGACCCCGAGUUGGGAAUGCAAAUUAAACCGGGUUUUUGCGUGUGGCAGGGUUUGAUAGUGGUCACUAUUUCGACACAGUAAUCUUGUGCCAGCUCUGAUGGCGUAAUGUACUUUGGCAGAUGGACAGGAAAUGACUGUGCUCCGUUCACAAUAUCGAAGGAGCAUUUUUCGAGCGUACGUGAUGAGAGAUGGGUCGGAGAUGACCAGGAUUAGUUUCACGCCGUCUCUUCUACAUUCCCCAAUGACGUGAGCCUCUGCUUUCUUUGACUGUCUAACUGAUGAUUAUUCCACCAUUGUGCAGAAAUCACAAUCAUUUGUGAAAUUCGAAAUACAAUAAUUGCAGUCGGCAUGGCCAGUCACAGAUUAGUCGUCCAAACAAAACCUUAGUCUCCAACGUGUUUUGUUUUUUUCCAGGGUGUUGCCGCUUGCUGUUCGGCACAAUGUCUGACGUUUUCGCUCCACGUCCUGGGAGCUGGUCUGUAUGUUGUGCUGAACUUCUUCCGAGCCGUGCGUAGCCAGCCGUGCGAAUCGGAGGUGCUGCAUCAGCGUCGCGGGUACCGCCUGAAAACGCGCCGGAAGAGUCGCGCAGCAGCAGCAGCGCAUCCGCCGCAAAAACCCUGCGCAGUUUGCUCCGCAAGGAUUCGGAAACGGGUCCUAUGCCAACAUUUGAAUGUAGCCGUUUUGUAAAUUUUGGAAAACCUGCAAGGCUCCAGUGUGCAUGUAGCCUGUGAAAAGCGUAUGAAAAGUUGUAAUAAAAUAUCGCAAGUUGAA